AUGGGGGCUUGUCUGUCUUGUUUUUUUGGAAAUGGUGGCGGAAAUGGGUUGUACGAACCUUUGUUACAAGAGAACGAACGGGAAGCUGUUGCAGAUUUAUUGACAUAUCUUGAAAAUCGUGCUGAGACCAAUUUCUUUGAAGGAGAUCCAUUGCGUGCACUUUCAACAUUAGCCUUCUCGGAUAAUGUCGAUUUACAACGGUCAGCGGCGUUAGCCUUUGCGGAAAUCACCGAAAAAGAUGUCAGGGAGGUGGACCGAGAGACGAUGGAACCAAUUAUGUUUCUUCUUCAAUCACACGAUGUCGAAGUUCAGAGAGCCGCCUCGGCCGCAUUCGGAAAUCUGGCCGUUAACCCUGAAAAUAAACUCCUCAUUGUUCAAAUGGGAGGCCUAGAGCCAUUGAUUCGUCAAAUGUUAUCGCCAAACGUUGAGGUUCAAUGUAAUGCCGUAGGGUGCAUCACUAAUUUAGCGACGCACGAUGAAAAUAAAUCGAGGAUCGCAAAAUCCGGUGCACUGGUUCCAUUAACCCGUUUGGCUCGUUCGAAGGAUAUGCGCGUUCAGAGGAAUGCGACCGGGGCUUUAUUGAACAUGACGCAUUCGGAUGAGAAUAGGCAACAGCUUGUUAAUGCCGGAGCUAUACCAGUAUUGGUUAGUCUCCUAAAUUCUUCGGACACAGAUGUUCAAUACUAUUGUACCACGGCCCUUAGUAAUAUUGCCGUUGAUGCCUUGAAUCGGAAAAAACUUGCUUCAAAUGAAACAAGACUAGUACAGUCGCUGAUCGGACUGAUGGACUCGACGUCACUUAAGGUGCAAUGCCAAGCAGCCUUGGCAUUGAGAAAUUUGGCUUCUGAUGAAAAAUAUCAACUCGAAAUAGUGCGAUCUCGCGGUCUUCCACCCCUUCUCAGGCUUCUCCAAUCAUCAUUUUUGCCCUUGAUUCUGUCUUCCGUCGCUUGCAUCCGCAACAUAUCGAUUCACCCACUUAACGAAUCUCCGAUAAUCGACGCUGGAUUUUUAUCGCCACUAAUUCAACUCUUGGCGUACGAAGAGAAUGAGGAAAUCCAAUGUCACUCGAUCAGCACCCUAAGGAACUUAGCCGCCAGCUCCGAGAGGAACAAGAGAGCCAUCGUGGACGCAGGAGCUGUUGAAAAGGUGCGAGAUUUAGUGUUAACCGUUGCAUCAAACGUGCAAAGCGAGAUGACUGCCUGUGUGGCGGUUUUAGCGUUGAGUGAUGAAUUGAAACCACGGCUGUUAAAGAUGGGUAUAUGUCGAGUUCUAAUUCCCUUGACAAAUUCCGCGAGCAUGGAAGUCCAAGGAAAUAGCGCUGCCGCGUUAGGAAAUCUGUCAUCCAAAGUCCAAGAUUAUUCGCCGUUCGUAAGCGUUUGGGAUGAACCCGGCGGUGGUCUGAACGGAUAUUUACAACGAUUUCUAAGUAGUUCGGAUAAAACAUUCCAACAUAUUGCCGUCUGGACGAUUGUUCAAUUUCUUGAAGGGAAAGAUCAACAGCUACUAGAAAAUAUUUCAUCAUCGAGAUCAAUCGUGGUUGCGAUAAAUAGGCUGGUGGAACAUGGAAUCACCUCUGAUGCCUGUGACGAAGAGGAAGAUUCAGAUGAUGAGGAGAUCGUGGCCCUAGCUCGCAAGACCCUGACCAUGUUGAAUAAAAAAUAA